AUGUGUAUGUUAAAACGCAUGGCGUGCAGGUACGGGAUUUUUGCUGCAUUGUUGUACAUAACAGGAAUGAACCUCUCGGUAGGCCGGAUCACCGUGGCGGACAAAUGGCACGGACAAGAAACACAAGGGCCUUCCAGGAGGGCACUGAAACAUAAGAACUGAGGGAUUUCGGGCAGACAGUCAGGUUCCGGCGUUGAUAAUACUUUCUAAUACUAAUUAAUACUGACCAUGAAUAUUGCUCCUGCCACUCAUUUCCCCAUUGGCAUGUCCAUUGAUCGUUCGAAGCGCUUCCUGGAAACCAGGUGGUGCUGCCUGUCUGGUGUCCCUGAUGACCGCGGUUAG